AUGGCUACCACGAGGACCGACGACCUCACCGGCCCUGCUGCCGCAAAGUUCUUCACCAAACAGUGGCUCCCACAGGGCAAGCCCCGUGCCGCCCUCCUCUUCGUUCACGGCUUCAUCGAGCGCGUCGAGCGCUACGACCACGUCUUCCCAAAGUACGCCGAGCAAGGGAUCGCCGUCUUUGCCUUCGACCAGCGAGGCUUCGGCAAGACGGCGACCUACACGCCCAAGCACACGCAGGGCGUCACCUCCUGGCCCGAGCAGUUUGGCGACAUCGACCACUUCCUCGAGCACGCCCUCGGCCUCUUCCCCGGCGUGCCCUUCUUCCUCUACGGUCACUCGAUGGGCGGCGCCCUCGUCCUCGGCUACGCGACCCGCACCCCUCCUCGUCCGCUCGUCGGCCGCCUCGCCGGCAUCGUCUCGUCGAGCCCGCUUCUCCGCCAGAGCAAAGGUGUCAAGGCUCCGGCCCUCAUCGUUCGGGCCGGCAGCCUCAUCGGCAAGCUCAGCGGCGCCCUCACGCUCAAGGCGACCGUCAAGCCCGAGGACACGUGCCGCGACCCGGCCGUCCAGAAGGCGUACGCCGAGGACCUGCUCUGCAAGCAGGUGGGCACGUUCCGCGGCGUCGGCGACAUGCUCCUCGGGGGCGAGUCGAUCGUGAGCAAGGACUACCAGCGCUUCCCCAAGUCGCUCCCGCUGCUCGUCGUCCACGGCGAGGCCGACAAGGUCACCGACUGCGACGCCUCGCGCGAGUUCGUCGACAAGGUCAAGAAGGAGGUCGGUGCGGCAGACGCGACGUUCAAGAGCUUCCCAGGCUUCUACCACGAGAUGCACAACGAGCCCGGCGACGACAAGUGGGUCGAGAUCAACUACGUCCUCGACUGGGUCACGUCGCACAUCCCCUCGCCGACCUCAUCUGCGCCUGCUCCCGCUUCAGCCUCGACCCCGGCUGCGACGACCACCUCGGCCGCCGCCGCACCCAGCUCGAGCACAGCCGUCGCCGAGGACGACGCGAGCGCGACGGCUGCUGCGCAGGCGGGCGCAGAGCGCACGAGCAAGCUUUGA